AUGGGCACUCACAGCGACUCCUUGUCGACCCCUCAGUACACCGACUCCACAUAUUCCUACACGCUUCUCCCCCGUCCCCCACCGACUCUCACCUUGACAAUCCCCAGUCCAGCGUGUCAUGUGCCCCCGGGUCACUGCCGCCCAUCGGUCACUCCCCCAUUCCAGUCAGCCCGCGUGGUUGCGACGAGGCCGCGUGGCGAGCAAGGGGUCAUGGCAGAGCCUGGCGCAGAGAGGGGGAGGGGGGGAGAGGGCAAGAGUGAAGGCUGUAAGGAAAAAGGAGGGGGUAAAGGAGGGAGAGGGAUUAAAGGAGGCGGAGGGGAGGGCAUGAGGGAAUGGAAGUGUAUAAGGAUCGCCCCUCUCACACCCAUCAACUUCUCCCCCCUCUUCCCCCUUUUUAGUCAGUCUCAAAAGUCAAUUCACCCCCCUCUUCCCUUUCCUUCAAACCCCCCUUCCCUUCCUUCACAACCCGUUCCUUCAACCCCCCCCCUUCAAAACCCCCUUCCUUCAUCCCCCCUUCACCAGUCUCCAAGCACGAAUCGUCAUCCCUCAGAGCGGCUCACCUGGGUGGGAUCGAGCAGGUCAAUGAUUGCCCGCCAGCCCCUUCAGCAGCCCACCCUUCACCGCCCCCUCGCCCUCCUUCCCGCUCUCCCAGCCGCCGCCACUGCCACUGCCAACGCCGCUAGCGCUGCUUGCCGGUGUCUCCGCCCGUUUCGCCGCCUGCCACAGCGCAUGCGCCUUCCGCCGUUCUUCUCCGCCUCCGCCUAUGAGAACCCAUCCUCCGCCUUCACUCGCACGAUCCGCCGCCUUCGCCGCGCGCAUGAUCCGGCUCCUAAAUCUGCAUUACCGUCUUUUCAGUCGCAAGCUGAAGCCGGGUUUCGAGUUCUCAUACUCAACUUCGCUCGAAGAUGGAGGUUGCUUCCAGUGCGGCUUCCGUUCGCCAUCCCGUUCGCGAUGUGCCGUAGAGGCAGCAAUGCUGCCAGCGGCGCUUGUGAUCAGCUCGGGCUUUACUGGUACGCGAACUAG